AUGUCGUCCAGAUAUCCGCCGCCAGCCAGAGAUCGUUCUCCACCUCGGUACGAUCGUAGACCUUCCGGCACCUACAACGCAGGAGGGUCCUCUUACAGGGGACAGGCGGACUCGACGCAGCUUCCCUCGGACCGAGCCCCUCCUCGAGGCCCAAAGGCUGACUUUGGGCGUGGCGGUUUCUCUCAAUUCUCUCCCGCUCCUCGUGGUCGAGGCGGCUUUGCUGCUCGCACAGGUGAUACCUGGGACCGGGAUCGUGAAAGAGAUCGUGAACGGGAUCGAGACCGUGACGCCAGACCAGUUGCGCAGUCCUACCGAGGAGGCCGCGACGAUGAUCGACCGGAAUGGUCGCGGCGCGACCGGGACUUUGGCACAGCUGACCGCGGCAGAGAGCCGCGAUCCUACGUUGCCAGGGAUCGAUCUGCAUCGCCAGUUCGUGCACGAAGAGACUCACGCGAGUCUGUGCCUUCCGCAUUUGGUAGGUCGUCAGAUACCGCCUCGUCCUACUUUGCUCCUCCAGCUCGAGGCGGAAUAGGUCGCGGCAGAGGCAGAGGCGAUUGGGACCGAAGCAGAGGAAGGUCAUCUUUUGUCGGUGAACGGGACCGAGAUCUCUUUCCGCCAAGAAGCCGGUCACGGGAGAGUUGGAGAGACCGUGAGCGCGACUUUGAUCGUGGGCGCCCAGCAGGUGCCGACGCCGAUCGAUUCGAGAGACGUGGUUUCGAUCGCAGCAAAGAACGAGAGGGUAGAGCUCGCGACCGCGAGCACGAUAUAUGGCCGAGGGAUCCAUCGCCUGUCAAGAGCUCUGUGGCCAACACUGGGGCUCCACUCCCCACUUCCUCAUCUUUGGCGACCGAUCGGGCACUCAAAUUUGAUAGCGAUGGUGGCAGAAGGGCCUCCGUUGUGGCUACUCCAACAAGUGCUUUACGCGAUGUUAGACGCGAUGGAGAGCCUUCAGACUAUUUUGGGACGCGGACCGACACGGCUCGUCGGGAUCAACCUCCAAGCGCCCAACAACCAUCUGCUGCUGCAGGACUCGAUUAUGGCCCUCCGCCAUCCCUUCCGCCUGCGACGACGCCCGCCUCCGAGAAGCCCGCCCAACCGAAACCGCCAGGUCCCAAGAUCGAGACAAGCGCCCAAUCUUCGUCGACGUUUCAACCACCAAGUGCUCCCAAGGCUGCGAGGACGUCUAUGCUCACUAGUCUCAUUCAAAACUCGAAGAGCACUCAGAAUGAGGCCUGGUCACGACCUGAGCCCACGUCCCGUCCAAUUCGACCUUUUCAGCCUAGCGACGUAAUCACGAAAGAAGAGGAACCUGCAAUCGAUCUCAAGCCUCCUGCAGCACCAGCCGCUGAUCGUCAGAUGCCUCCCAAUGUACCAUCAGGUCCAAGACUUGGCAACGCGCCACCUUACAAACCACGACUGCCGUCCACUGAGCCUGCCUCUCCUGCUCAACCUCCUAGCGCACCACGGGAAGUGCCCAAGCCACAAGCAUUGGACAGCAGGUCUCCUAGCAUCCCAACAGGCCCACGUUUAGACAGAGAAGGAUCGAGGUCCCUGCCAGGGACAGGCUCCAAGAUAUGGGUUUCUCCGGAUUACAAGCCCAAGCCGUCAAUCAUGAAUACCAUGAACAAGCCAUAUCAGCCAGAACCGCGAGAGCGUCUGGGAUCGAUUCCGACUGGUCCAAGAGGACAACAGAUACCGUUUCACAAUUCAGGAGAGAAGUCUCGAGGUCCUCCGCCAUCUUAUUCAUCUAUAACUUCGGCACCUUCGGGGCCCAGGCCAUCGGUGCAGACGAGUCCUCGAAUUGAAACCAAAAUCACACUUCUUCCGCAAAAGCGGCCGUUCGAACCGCCGCUCGAACAAGAAGACGUGGAAAUGUCGGCCCCUGCUUCCAGCGAGGAUGAAGAUGAGGAGGAGGAAGAAGAAGAAGAAGAAGAAGAGGCCGAAGACGACUCGUUUGAUGAAGACUAUUUUGCAGAGUCAGAAGAGAGGUUCCGACAAGAGCUCGAGUUGCUCGAGGCCAGAAAGCCUCCGCCGAUACUGGAAGAUGCGGCUAUCGUGUCUCUUUUGUUCAAGCUGCAGUUUCUCGAGAUGAUCAUGCAGGAAAACAAUCCAAUGACGGUGCGCUCGCCUAUUCAGGCCACCAUUGAGCAGCUACCAGCUCCUGAUUCCGUUCCCACUGGCCUGCCGUCUCCUGAGCAAGCUCCCCGAGAGAUGGACAGCAAACUUGAAGACGGGAAAGAGAAAGAACUUGCACCAGCUCAUCCUAGAGGCAGGCCCUUGAAACAGGCUCCGGUCAAUCCUAUUCCUACUCCACCUAUCGAAGACUUGCCUUAUCUUAAAGUGGAAACUCCGGAGAGGGCUGUCUUCGAAGACUCCGAUAAUGAGAUCGAACAUGAAGCUGUUGCUAUCCUCUUACAACAAGAAUUCGAACGCAGUGCUUGGGACUGGAGAAGUGAUCUCGAAGACAUGCGCGGAGAAUUCAGACGCAAAUAUCCUAUCUGGAAACAGGAAAUUACACAACUGAACCAUGAAAGGCGUGAAACACAACCCAGCCCUGCUCCAGCAUCCCCUGCGCCAUCUGCGGCUCCAUCAGUAACCCCAUCCUUGAGUCACGAGCGUACAAGAGGUGCUCGAAACACUACAGAGGCAGACUUACAAGCUGCCAUCCUCAUGUCUCAGCAGUCUCUUAGGGAAGAGGAGGAAAGGAGGGAAAGGGAAGCGGCUUCCAGCUCUUUGCCAAACUACGAUACCGAGGCAGUGGUACCUCCGAUGCUCAAACCAGCGGACGUAGAAUUGUCGGAGUUCAAAGACACAAAUCGUAGUGUCUCGAAGGACUUGGCUAUUGACGUUUUUGCUUAUGUGCCCCCCGAAGACGACUUCAAUGAGGAGGAACAAGGCCUCUUCAUCACGGCAUACUGUCAAACCCCUAAGAAGUGGGGUAAAAUUGCAGAAUCAAUCCCGGGAAGAACAUAUCAAGAUUGCAUUGUUCACUAUUACUUGACCAAAAACCAGGCACAUUACAAAGACCUCUGGAGGCGUUCCCAACCUAGGAAGAAACGGGGCAGGACUGCAAACAAACCUCGGUCCAAUGCUCUGCUUGUAUAUGGUGAUGAUGGGGAAGUGGCGCCUGUACCUGUCACCGACAGUGGCAGGCCAAGACGAGCAGCUGCACCGACUUUCGGAGACGCUCCUAGCGAAGUUGACUCCUCAACUCCUGUGCCGCAAUCCAAGAAAGUCGCGUCCGCCUCGAAGGAUGGCAGUGCAGAACCAGCUGCGACGAAACCAGCACGGGGUCGCAAAGCUGGAAUCGCAACCAAGACCCGAAGGACCAAAGCUCAGAUGCAAGCUGAUCAGCAGGCGCUCCUUCUUAGCGGAGCCGACCCGCCGUCCGACAAGCUUGUCAUUGGCGUCAAAGGUGAAAAGGCUCGACCACUUCUUCGCCCAGAAGUUGUGCCGGCGAGAAAUGAUGUGCCAGCCCUCGAACAGAUUCCCGGACCUCACGAUGCUCCUCUAGCACAGUACACCGGGUCGGAUAUGUCAGCGGCUGCGCAAAUGGCAAACCCUGUAGCAUCUCAGGUCACGAGCUAUUGGUCCGUUCCUGAACAGCACAAGUUCCCCGAGUUACUUGCCUACUACGGUCGAGAUUUUGCGGCGAUAGCAGAUUUCAUGAAGACCAAAAGCGUGACUAUGAUCAAGAACUACUAUCUGCGACAAAUCAACGAUGGCAAAGGCGACUUCGAACGGAUUGCUCAGAUGGGCGACCAAGUUCGAAUGGAAGGCAAGACACUUGGUCAACCCCCAAGUCCGAUUGCUCCUGCCAAACGCCGUUACGAAGCGUCCCCGGCAGUGCCUUCCAUUACUCGGCCUAUCCACCAAAACGAGCAUAGCUUUGUCGACUCCGAGCCGGCUGGUCAUGUCUUGAAACCCGGUGUCAUUGAAGAAUUUCCUCGCAACACAAUUGAGAGGAACGCAAGUGGCGAGAUUGUCUCUAAGCCCAGAGUGGUCGGAAGAGAGGCAAUUCGCGAAGCACCCUUGCCUGGGACGGUCUCAGCCAAAAGUGAGGAAGUAUCCAGAUUUUCAGCAGAGCGGACGUCACUUUACGGGCCGAAGCCCUUACAUGGGCCGAGGGCAGGCUUGUUUCAGGAAGAGGCCAUUGGAUUCCCAUCUGCUCGUCAAAACUUACGUCCUUCAAUCGACGAGCGUUCACCUCAAUUGCAUCCACAGCGACCUCUGACUGAUUUCCCCCGGAACGAGCUGAGCCAGCCAUCUCCAGCGCCCGGCGUUGGGCAGAGUAUACUCGCUCAACGGGAACGAGAGACAGUGCCACAACCUCAGAGUCAAAUACCUUCCAUGUCAUUGGCACGAGGAACGCCCAUGCAAGUGGACAAGUAUGGUCCGCAGCAACCAGUCUUCCGUCCUGGGCACAGCCGGAAUGGAAGUCUAGCCACCUCUAGGCCUGGUUCCUCCGAGCCUUCCCGUGACCUAGCCUCUUUUCGUCGCCUCGAUAAUCAGCGUCCUCUGUAUAGUGGUCUAGGUGCUGCAGGUUCUCCUGCCGCGAUUCCUGCAGCCACUCCCGCAUCCCAGCAUUCCAGGCCUGAGGUCCUCCAGGCUGCUGCCGCGCCUCUGGCAGGUGAACCUCCGAAGCCGCCGAGCAAGCGUAGCAAUCUUUUCGGCCUGCUCAAUGACGAUUCAACCGAUCCACCACCCAAGCGACCAUCAUUGGAAGCACCCAAGCGGCAGCCUGUCCUCUCUCCGCAAGUCGCACCUGUUGAUGCACCCCGGUCAAUGCUGCAGCAAGCUAGCGGCCAGAUCAUACCCGGUGAGACGGGCGCAAACAGGCCAUCCCUGAUGGGGCCAUAUCGUCCGCCAAGUGGAAGCGUGCACCACACAGGCUCUGGUCCACAGCCGACGCCAGAAUAUCACGGCGGAUUCUCCGCAACUCCUGCCAAAGAUCCCAACGAUCCCUGGAUGGCCAGGUUCGAUCCGCGUAACCAGGGCGGUCCUGUCGACCAGCGGGCACAGCUUCACUCUCCUGCUCCGUCCCUUUAUUCUGUUGUACCUCCAAACUCUCAGCCAAACAGUGCCGGCUCACUUCACCCUGGACGAGCCGAGACUCCAAGGAGUUUUGAUCGGGCUGGUCUGGAUCAUCGACGGACAUUCCUAGGUGGCAUUGCACAGAUACCACAUGCUCCAUCGCCACCACCACAACAGCCGUCCCAAAGCCUACAGCAGUAUCGCUCGGCGUCCGGUUCAUCACAGCACUCCCGAGUGUCUUCCGUCACGUAUCCUGCUGGAUCUGCCCAAGCAGCUGCACUCGGUCAGCAACAGAUGCCGCAGAGUCUACCACCAUCCGCCAGCUCGACUCCCGUACCUGGCCUUCAUCAUCAGCGUACCCAGUCUUCGGCAGAAUACCCGCAGCGACUGACGAUCCAACAACACAUGGCUCAACAGACCCAGGCCAAACAGCAGGAGCAACAGCGCGAACAUGAGAGACAAAUCCAGCGACAAAUGGAUGUAGAUAUGGCACAACGUGAGCGGGAGCGCGAGCGCGAGCGUGAACACCAACAGCAGCAGCAGCAUCAGCAGCAACAACAACAACAUUUACUCAGACGAGACCCGUAUAGUAUUGAUCAGCAUCACGCAGGGGGAGCAUCUCGACAGAACCAGAUGAGUGUCAACUCAAAUCAAGGCCAUAUGACAUUUGGACCGCGUGAGAUUCCCCGUACUUUCACUCCUCCUCAUUCACAUAGUCACAACCACUCCCCGUAUCCGGGGCCUGGUAGUGGCACAAUGGGACACACACAUAACUUGUCGCAGCAACAUCAACACCAGCAUCUGCAACAGCAACAGCACCAGCAUCAACCUGGACCGGGUCCGAGUCAGCCACAGGGAGCAAAACCACCUGGUCCUAACCAGAUGCAUCAUCUCCAUCAACAGCAUGGCCUCCAUCCCGGAUCUGCUGGCCAUUACCGGGGGUUGAGUCAAGGUGGGGAGCCGAGACGGGAAGAUAGACGUUGA